AUGCAGCAGGAGAAUGAGCGCAUGAAGCUCAAAGAUGGCCGGACCCUCUCCUACGCCAUCUACGGCAGCCCGAUGCCACAGAAGACGAUAGUCUUCAUGCAUGGCUGCCAAUCCUCGCGCUACGAAGGCAAGCUAUGGCACUCGGCCUGCGCCCUACACAGCGUCCGCAUCAUCGCGCCCGACCGUCCUGGCAGCGGCCAGUCGACCUUCCAGAUCAAUCGUCGCAUCCUCGAUUGGCCUACCGACGUGCUCGCCCUGGUAGACCACCUUAAGAUCCACAACUUCUACGUACUGGGCGUAUCGGGAGGCGCGCCCUAUGCACUGGCUUGUGUCAAGGAGGUGUCAAGGGACCGUCUACUAGGAGCCAGCAUCGUCAGCGGUCUCUAUCCAAUCAAGUUCGGCACAGCUGGCAUGUUGCUACCUUCGCGCAUCGUCCUCUGGGCAGCGCCGUGGGUCAACGGGCUGACCACCACGCUGUUCGAGAGCACCAUCGGUAAGCCAAGUCGCGAUGACGACCCGAAAGUCCUCGAGGACAUCAUUGCCAAGGAGAUCCGGAGCCGUCACCCCGCCGACCAAGAAGCUAUCCACGAUACCACCAAUUGGCCCAUCUAUGUAGCCAUGACCAGAGAAUCGUUCCACCAGGGAAGCGAAGGCGCAAGCUGGGAAGCCAAAUUGAGCGGCAGCGACUGGGGCUUUGAGCUUGGACAUCUAUACGUUGGAGACAAUGGAGUACCGCUUACCUUGUGGCAUGGUCAGGACGACCAGAACUGUCCCGUCGCCAUGGCUCAUAAGGCCAGGGACCUGUUGCCCGGAAGCGUAUUGCACUUGAAGGGUGGCGAAGGUCCCAUGAGCUAUAUACACCGGAAUGCUGACAACAUCCUGGACGAUCUCAUGGACGAGACGGAGAGCGAGGAGUACAUGAUGGUCGGUGCCGCGUAA